GAGUUAUAAUUACGUUUGGGAAUAACCAAGAAAUACCUGUUUCAUUGGACGAACGUCAUUUACCAUGAGAAUCAGUUGAAUAAACUCACAAUACAGAGACCGACGAUGCCUCUCACGGUGAUCAGCGUUGCCGGUGCUGUCUCUGACCGGCCGUCGGAGGUGCAGCAGUGGCGGGUCUCGUUGGCGUAGCAAUGGAAAAGCCACCAUGGAAGAGGGAGACGGAAACCCUACGCAGGAAGAGUGGCGUUGACGACGCCGGCAAUGUCGUCGGUCCAGGUCGUCGCAACGGCGAGCGGCAGAGGUUCAAGCAGCGGUGACAUGGUCUAGGCCCGGUGCCUCGCGAAUGUUGAAGAAGAUGGGAAGGAAACCCACGCGCAGGCAAAGAAAGAGGAAGAGAAGUGAUGACGCCGACGCAGGCUCCGAUGGUGACCGGCGCUAUCGUCGGCUACCGUGACGGCAAAUGACGGCGGCGGCCUUGGUUGCGGAGGUAGGUGCGGCUGUCGGCGGAUGUGAGUCAUCUCUUGUGCAGGCAAGAGUCUUGACUGAUGGGGAGACAUUUUGGGCUUCCUUUUUAAUAUAUCCGUUGCACCACAAUAUUUACUACACACACCUCCCACCAAUUGCUCACCACACUGCCCCUAAUUCCUUACCACAUCACUGUUUUAUUAUCUGCACCCCUUAUAUUUUAUUUUUUAUUUGGAUUAUUUUAUAUUUUGAUGUACUAGAUGAAACCAUGUGUGAUCGUUGGUGAAUUUUCAACACUAGUCACUCCUUCCCGUAAAGGUCAUCCUUUUCUAUCUUCAUUUUCUCCACACAUUUCAUUCCUUUUUGUACAUCCAAACCUCAAUCUUCUCAUCCUUAUGCGAAAACUUCAUACUCUAAACCCACUAAAAUCUUCUCUUCCCAUAGCACUUUCUGGUGCCUAUGGAGGGUACCCUCUUCCCCAAUCGGCCAGUUUUACCGGCGGCCCCUGCACCUACUAGACCAACCGAACAACCUUCAAAAUUCAAGCCAAAUUUUUUACCUCCACAAUCUCCACCACCUCCUCCUCCUCCUUUCCAAUUGGAUUCACUUCUCCAACGUCUUCAUCAUCUUUCUUCAGUCCCCAUCACCACUCCCACGCUCACCCUUGUGCCUCCUUCCAAGGAUAACAACUCCCUUCAUUCAAAGCAAAAGCAACCCUCUUUAGCUUCUGAUUCUGUUGUUGAACAGGACCAGCUUGAGGAUGUAAAGUUUGGAUUUUUAUCUGACAAGGGAAAGUUGUUGCUCAAUUCAAUUGUUGGGUCACCUUUGCAUGAAUUGAAUGGGUUUUUCAACGCUGUUGAGUUUGAGUUGCUUGAGGUUGACUUUCUAAGCAUGUUGAAAGCUUUGGACCUUUCUGGGAACUGGGAGAGGGCUCUUUUGCUGUUUGAAUGGGGUUGGUUGCAUUUUGGGAGUGAACAAAAUUUGAGGUUGGACAAUCAGGUUGUUGAAUUGAUGGUUCGGAUAUUGGGGAGAGAGUCACAGCAUUCUAUUGCAUCCAAGUUGUUUGAUUUAAUUCCUGUGGAGCAAUACUCACUUGAUGUUCGGGCUUACACCACUGUUCUUCAUGCUUAUGCUCGCACGGGCAAGUAUAAACGGGCAAUUGAGUUGUUUGGAAAGAUGAAUGAGUUCGGUCUUGAUCCAACUUUGGUCACUUACAAUGUUAUGCUUGAUGUUUAUGGCAAGAUGGGUCGUUCUUGGAGUAGAAUCUUGGAGUUGUUGGAUGAGAUGAGGAAUAAAGGGCUUGAUUAUGAUGAGUUUACUUGCAGCACUGUGAUUUCUGCUUGUGGGAGAGAGGGUAUGCUGGAUGAAGCUAGAAAGUUUUUUGCUGAAUUGAAAUUGAAUGGCUAUAAACCAGGAACUGUUACAUAUAAUGCUAUGCUGCAGGUUUUUGGAAAGGCUGGAAUAUACACAGAGGCUUUGAGCAUCUUGAAAGAAAUGGAGGAUAAUAAUUGCCCUCUUGAUUCUGUCACUUACAAUGAGCUCGCUGCAACAUAUGUAAGAGCUGGGUUUCUCGACCAAGGGAAGGCUGUGAUUGGUACAAUGACAAGCAAAGGGGUAAUGCCAAAUGCUAUUACUUAUACAAUUGUAAUAGAUGCCUAUGGUAAGGCGGGAAGGGAGGAUGAGGCAUUGAGGUUGUUCAGCCAGAUGAAGGACUUGGGUUGUGCUCCUAAUGUAUUCACUUACAACUCUAUUCUUGCCAUGCUAGGCAAGAAGUCAAGAACAGAAGAUGUCAUUAAUGUUCUCUGUGAGAUGAAAUUGAAUGGAUGUGCUCCUACUCGGGCUACGUGGAACACAAUGCUUGCUGUAUGCAGUGAGGAGGGUAAGCACAAUCAUGUUAAUAGGGUCUUAAGGGAAAUGAAAAACUCUGGAUUUGAGCCUGAAAAAGACACAUUCAAUACAUUGAUUGCUGCAUAUGCUCGGUGUGGAUCUGAAGUUGAUUCUGCAAAAAUGUACGGGGAAAUGAUUAAAGCAGGCUUUACACCAUGUGUAACAACUUACAAUUCUCUUCUAAAUGCCCUUGCUCGGCUAGGCAAUUGGAAAGCAGCAGAAUCAGUCAUUCUAGACAUGCGGAGUAAGGGCUUCAAGCCUAAUGAGACUUCAUACUCACUGAUGCUCCAUUGUUAUUCCAAGGCUGGGAAUGUCAAGGGGAUAGAGGCGAUUGAGAAAGAAAUUUAUGAUGGUCAUGUCUUUCCUAGUUGGAUUCUUUUGAGAACCCUUAUCCUAUCAAACCACAAGUGCAGACACCUUAGGGGAAUGGAAAGGGCAUUUGAUCAAUUGCACAAGUAUGAAUAUAAACCUGAUUUGGUUGUCAUUAACUCCAUGCUUUCAAUGUUUUCCCGGAACAAGAUGUUUUCGAAGGCCCGUGAAAUGAUGCAUUAUAUUCAUGAAAAUGGAUUGCAGCCAAAUCUUUUCACCUACAACUGCUUGAUGGAUCUGUAUGUCCGAGAGGGUGAGUGUUGGAAAGCACAAGAAAUACUCAAGGAAAUUCAAAACUCUGGUCCAGAGCCAGAUGUUGUGUCUUAUAAUACUGUUAUCAAGGGGUUUUGUAGAAAAGGGCUAAUGCAGGAGGCUAUUAGAGUUCUCUCAGAGAUGACCACUAAAGGGAUUCAACCAACAAUAGUUUCAUACAAUACUUUCUUGUCAGGCUAUGUGGGGAUGGAGUUGUUUGAUGAAGCAAUUGAAGUCAUUAGAUUUAUGAUUGAGCACAAUUGCAGGCCCAAUGAACUAACUUACAAGAUUGUAGUUGAUGGUUAUUGUAAAGCAGGGAAGCAUGAGCAAGCUAUGGACUUUGUGUCUAAGAUUAAGGAGAUUGAUAUCUCUUUUGAUGAUCGUUCUGUAAAAAGACUAGGUUCUUGUAUUAGCGAGAGAAUGGGGUCUGUUUUGUGAACUAUUCUUUUGGACUUCCUUUUUCUUUAAUUUUUUAUAUAUACAUAUAGUUAGUUCCUCAA